CUGGGGGAGCUUGAUGAGACAAGAGCAGAACUUGGCAGAACAGAACUGUGCGUCUGCCGUUCUGUCCAGAGAAAGGCAGCCGCGAUUCAGCUACUGGGGUCAGGGAUCAGCACUGCCAAGCCGCUGAUCACCAGCACCGCACUGGCAUGGACUACAGACCAGUUCCUGCUGUGGCACAACAUCCUUGAGAAGUUUUGGUGGGCAAGGACUGCUCUGUACCUCCCCUAGCAAUGGAUGUAAGGAGCAACUGCCACGGCUUCCAGCCACUCAUCUGCUCUCUCCUGCCCUGGGCAGCUCUGCCUGCGGGUGAUGCAGCAGUAAGGACUGCCCAGCUUGAGAGUGCAAGCAAACGUCAUGCCCAAUACUGUGCCACCACGAGGGAGGAUGCAGGUGAGAGUGAGUAUGUGGGUGGCCCACGUCUUGCAUGAGCAGCUGCCUCUGCUCACCUGCACCCUCCCUGCUGUCCCUCCCUGAGAGAGAGCGCAAGCCGGCAGAAGCUGCACCUUACUCUGGCUCUCCUUGGGCCCAAUCCUCUCCACCAUGUUGUCCAGAGAGCGAAAGUGCCCGCAGCCUCCAAUCCCCCCACUCUCUGGUGGCAGCGAGGACUAGGAGGCAGAGAAGUGCCUCAUGACCGUCGCCAGGGCGCCAGCUGCCCGAGGGCCCCAGGGGCCUCCGCGCCGGUCCCAGGGGCGGCGCCUGCGCCGGCUGCUCGGCUUGGCGGCCGGGGUGGGGUGCGGCGAGGUCCCACCCGUGGCUCUUUCUCUUGUCUCUCGGGCGAGCCCCGCCCUGGGGAUCAGGUGACAGCGGAGGCUGGAAUUUGACACCAGACUCUGCCAGCCGCGGAGAUGGAGCCGGUGCUUUUCUUCCUGCCAGAGGCCGCCUGUCCCGGAGCCCGGCCGGCCGUAGGUCCGCUUCCCGAGGGCCGAGCGCCCCGCCGGGUCCCUGCCUCGCCGUGUGCGGUGAGUCCGGCCCGGCGUGGAGGGGGGUCCCGGGAUCGGGGCUGCCCUGCCAACUCCGGCCCGGACGCCAGCCGUUCUAACCCGAUCUUUCCCCGCAGGGGGGCGCUGAGCCCACCGGGCACCUGCCGGCCAUGCAGGCGACGUGAACGUCGGGCGCCCGAGGGAGCGAUCCCGGCGGGGCCGGGCUAUGGCCCCCGGGGCCGGGUGAGCGCAGGAGCCGCCGAGGAGCCGCUGCCGCCGCCGCCGCCGCCGGGAGGUAAGGAGGGGGCUGGCGAGCUCGUGGUCCUCGCGGGGAAAGGGCUGUGGGUGUGCGCAGUUCUGUCCCAGAGCGGGGAGAGGCGAAAUCUCUGGCCGUCGGGAAGAGAGAAGGGGCGCGGGGGCCCUCCUCUUUGCUCCCUCCCCGGUAUUCCCCGUGGCUCUGACCAGGCCGCCGGUGACCGUGUGUCUCCCGUGCAGGGAGCGGAUUCGAUGCCCUGGAAGGCCCGGUACCCGAGGGCAGAGGGAGGCGCUUCCCGGCCCGGAUCCUCGGAGCAUGGUCCCCGGAGAGCCGCGCGCAGCAGGAGGCGCCCGAUCUGCCGAGACGGAGCGCGCGGUAGGAUGGAGUGGAGAGUGGAGGGGCCAAGGCACAGAUCGGACAGAUCUCCCUCUGCCUACAGGAGUUUGCCUGUCCAACAAGAGCGAUACAGGGAGCGGGGUUUGUGGGGUACAAUCACCCUGCUAUCAUUGUUUGCUGGUGCAGUCAUGGCAACCCCGCAGACCUGGCACAACAACCAGACAUUGGGAGCUGCCUCUGAUGGAAGCAUGGGCACUGCCAGCCCUGCCUCUCUGGAGGAAAACAGCAGGGAAGCAUCAUCACUGGGCACAUGGAGCCACUGGCACGGGGGAAACGUGACCAUAGACAGGCUGAGCUCUUCUGAACUGCUCAGGGCUGAGCGCUCCCCAGCCAGCUCCAGCAAGGCCAAGAAAGGAUCCAAGAAAGCUGGUCGCAGCAAAAACAGCCGCUUCUGCCGCCUGCACAGCCGCCUGGUGAAGGUGCGGGACCUUGGGCUGGGCUUCGAGUCGGAGGAGAUUGUGCGGUUCAAGUACUGCAGUGGGUCGUGCCAGCGAGCCCGCACCAACUAUGACUUGGCCUUGAGUAGCCUGCUACAGCAACGCACCAUCGUGCCUGGGCCUCAUGACCACCCUUCCUCCCACCCCUGCUGCCGCCCCACCCGGUAUGAGGACUUCUCCUUUAUGAAUGUGCGCAAUGCCUGGCAGACUGUGGACCAUGUCUCAGCAGCAGAGUGUGGCUGUGUGGGCUGAGGGGGCUGCCUACUCCGAGCUCGCAGUUUGUCACUGAGGCUGCAGCCAUGCCUAGGGCCUUGCUCCAUUUGUGGGGCAUGAGACACAGAGAGACACAGUCUGUGGUGGGGCUUUCCAGGUCAGGCAGAAGCAGCACAUGGACAAUAAGCAGGAGGAGAGCAUGAUGGCCACAGCUCGAAGGUGCCUGGGCCUUCAUCUCCACAUCUGUGGAACAUUUUCAUAGGGUACUUUCCUCAUAGCAGCAAGAUGGUGAGAUGGAGGCCAGCCAAGCCUUUGAGGACUGCAAACCCACACUGGGAGGAAUUCUCCCCUUUAGGGUUUGGUCCGUCAACCGUGUCGUGCAUUUGCUCACCCAUCAAGUUGCACCCUCCAGUGGAGAAGCAGCACUGGGAUUUCCCAUACCUUUACUCAAGGGAUGAAGGAUAGGGAUGUAGCCUGAAAGACCUGUGGUGCAAAUGGGUAGGUUCUUGAGCAUCAGUCCUUGCCACUUUGUCAGGCAGUGGAAAGAAUUGGCUGCUCGCUCAGGUCACCUGGCCCUGUCAAUUGCAAGGCUGAUGUUCUCUCCCACUUUAAGCCCCCAAACCUUUCCCUGAGCAAAUUGGUUUGCUCCAUCAGAGAGCAGAUGUAGUUGAACAUGAAGGACAGAGUCACAAUGCUUAGCAGCAGCAUCAGGGUCAACCUACAACUGGUGAGCUUGUGCUCUGACGGUCCAGCGAUUGCUACUGCUGUCAGUCUUGUGCUGGGAUGUUCGGCACAGUUGUUGAGGACUGAAUGGAGCACCUUCCUGGUUUUGUACUAAGAUGGUGGUAAUUCUUAGAAUCUUUGACCUGGUUUGGGGAGCUUCUCCUGGUGAGAACAAGCCCUUGGCAGAUGGGAGGCUGGUGGCUGGACCUUGUGGAGAUCGAGAAGCACAGCUGAUGGAAGUCUUAUGUUUCCACAGCGUAAUUAAGGCAUCUAUUGCUAUAGAAAAUGGUCUUAUCCUAUAAAACCAAUGAUGGUGUUAACAUCCUGGUUUGCAACAUUCCCUAACACACCAGCAGCAGCUUGGAGUUUGGCCACUACAGUUGCCAGGCCAACACUGGAAGCAGCAAUAGCCCCUGCCAAUCCCUGAGUCAGCCAUCACUUGGUGCCAGCAGGGUGGGGAACUCUCUGUCCUAGAAGUGACACUUUCUGAACAAAGUUAUUUAUUCUCUAACUUAUUUAUUUAUUUGUUUGAACCCCACUCCCCACCCUACCCACCCAGUGGCACCUAUUUAUGAUGCUGAGAGUCGGGCCUGGUGUACCAUUGAAAACGGGUGCUGAUGUUAUGUCCCGGUCUGUGACCAGCAGUUCCUACUCCCUUUUCCCUUCUUGGCCUGAUCAAAGGCAUUUCCUCUUUUUCCUUUCCUGAUUUUUAUAUUCUCUACCCUUUAUUUGCAUUUGAAUAAACUCUAUUUUUGUACAGCAGCAACUUCCUGUAGCAAUAAAGCCUGUUAAGGCAGUGAGAAAUUG